GGGAGGAGCGGAACGGAGCGGAGCGGGCGGAGAUGUCGGGGAGAGGUGUGCCCUGUCUGCGCUGCCGAGGGAUGUGCACGGGCUUCGAGCCACACUCCUGGAGGAAAAUCUGCAAAUCGUGCAAGUGCAGCCAGGAGGAGCACAGCCUGAGCUCGGAGCUGGACGAUGACCGCAAGAUCGGCCGCCUGCUCUCCGACUCCAAAUACUCCUCGCUCACCGCGCGCCUCAAGGGCGGGGACGGCGUCCGCAUCUACAAACGGAACCGCAUGAUCGUCACCAACCCCAACAUCUCGGGCAAGGACCCCACCUUCGACACCAUCACCUACGAGUGGGCKCCCCCAGGACUCGCCCAGAAACUGGGGGACUGUCCCGUGGUCUAUGCUGACCGUGCUGGCUACUCCCGGCAGUGGCACCCCGCCUGCUUCGUGUGCUGCCGCUGCUCUGAGCCCCUCGUYGACCUCAUCUACUUCUGGAAGAGCGGGGCCGCCUGGUGCGGGCGGCACUACUGCGAGAGCGUGCGGCCCCGCUGCGCCGGCUGCGACGAGAUCAUCUUCUCAGAGGAUUACCAGCAGGCAGAGGGGCUGGCCUGGCACAAGAAACACUUUGCCUGCCUGGAGUGCGAGACUCUGCUGAUGGGCAAACCCUUCUCGCUGGCCAACAGCAGCCUCCUGUGCAGCACCUGCAGCCAGAGCAGGGUGUGAGUAGGGGCUGAGCAGGGUGUGAGCAGGGUGUGAGCAGGGGCUGAGCAGGGGCUGAGCAGGGGCUGAGCAGGGGCUGAGCAGGGGCUGAGCAGGGUGUGAGCAGGGGCUGAGCAGGGGCUGAGCAGGGUGUGAGCAGGGUGUGAGCAGGGGCAGCCAGGGAGGUCCCACCAGUACCGGGGCAUUUGGAAAUGCAGAGAAGGGGGAGGUUCAAACAGUUAAAUCUGACUUUUCACUUGCAAGCAAUUCCAUGUCCCCCUGCGUCCAGCACAGCCUGAGGAGAGCAUUUCUGGGGUCCUGUGGGGUGUGACAGGAGCCCUCACACCCAUGGGUGGGAGCUGCACGGUGUCCAGGAGGAACUGGAACGGAGGGGCUGUGCUGGGCUGCUUUUAUCAACUCUGUCCAACCCUUUUAUGACUAAGAUCUUGCAAUAGUCUUUUGGAAAUAACACAUCUCAACAGUAACUUCUGGCAUACUAAACCUACGGUUGUGGUCAAAAACAAGGGGUGUUUGUGGUUUUUGAAGCCUUACUGGAAUUGGAUGAACAGGCUGCUGCCACUGCRCCAAGGCAGUGGGUUUGUGGAAUUUGAUCAGCUUGCUGAAAGCAAAKGAUGUAAAAUUGCAGCCACACGCAGCUUUGUCCUGUGCAGGGGUGUGAAASCAAGGAGUGGGCACAGGGGCGAGGGGUUCACCCUGGUGAGAGGGGCAGGGCACAGCUCUGCCUGGGCAGCAGCUGGCUCAGCCCAUGGAGCUGCUGCUCUGCAACUGGAAUGUCAGGAAUUUUGUACAAAACAAACAGAUUUACAGCCUCAGCCAUCAUGGGGGCAGUGUGUGUGUGUGUCUGAGGUGCUGCAGUGGCACUUUGUCCCUGGAAUUCAGCACUGACCCUUCCAGGGAGCAGGAGCUGUCCCUUCCCCUCGGAGCCCUGGCUCUGCCCUGCUCUCCCUGCAGCUCUCGUGUUCCCUCCUGCUCUGGUGACAAUGACCCUGCCAGGAUCUGCCACUGAGCUCCUGUGGGUCGUGUUUGUUCCCUGCAUCAAGGGAUGCUUCUGGURCUUUCCAAAAACACCAGGCAGUCCAGGCUGGCAGUGUCUGURUUCAGUCUGUUUUGUUAAAUAUCUCCAUGAUUUUCCAGAGAUCUGGGCUAUUUUCUCACCCAGGUGAGUGGCCAAGGAGCUCCCAGCUGCUGGGGCUCUCUCUGCUCAGCAGACUCUGG